AAAGUAUGCUGUUUAUGUGUUUGCUGUCCUAUUACGUCUACAAUAAUUUAUGUUCAGGGGUUAUCGAAAACAUUGGAGACUCUGAAUAUUGGCCAAAAUAUGCUGACAGACGAAACAUUGAGCACCGUUAACGAGUCAUUGAAGCAAAAUCGUGUUCUCCUACAAUUGGGCAUGCAAUCUACGGAACUCACAUGCGAUGGAAUAAUUACGCUCGCUGAGAUAAUGGAGACGAAUCAAGUUUUGCAGAGGAUAGAUUUACGGGAUAACAGUAUACAGAUGCGUGGAAUGCGUGCUCUGGUGAAUGUCAUGAAAAAGAACAAGACCAUUACGCAGAUUGAUUUGGACGACAAACCUCGGAUAAGAAUAGACGGUCCCUUGCACGAGUACAAGGAAAUGGCUGCGGAGAUUCGCAGCUGCUGUAGCCAAAACGAGGAGCGCCGUCUGCUAGAGGAGUCGGCCGAGGAUGUUGAGAGCCCGCAGCACUCGAACCGGUUGCUGAACGCGAGCUCCCGUAAGAUCUCGCUUACCUGUCAGACACUGCCAAGCCCGUCGCGAUCGGCGAUGUUAGCCGUCGAUGAGCCGGCGACGCGCACUAUGCUGGAGCCAAAGCGUACCAGCGGAGGCCGUCUGCGCUCCCCGGCUCCCAGUCCCAUCCCCUCUCCCGUCGCCAGUCCGAUCCCCAGCCCGUCCCGGAAUCGCUUCGUCGUGUGUCGGGUGUCGGAAGCAUCGUUGCGCUCCGUCGACUCCUCGGUGUCCUCCUCGCCGGUCACUCCGCCGUCUCUCGGCUCCUCUCCGUCCCUCGGUUCUUCCCCGUCUUUCUUCCCCAGUACGAGCGGUGGCCCAUCGCGGUUCCGCGUGUCGGUCGUCGAGUCGGUGGGCGCCGACCGCUCGUCGCCCAAAUCGGUCGUCGCCUCAUCCAGCGGCAGCUCGGUCACAAUCGGUUUUAACGUCAGAAUCGACGCAGCCGACUCGGACGAUUCCGACAGCGCAACCAAGAUGGACACACAUGCGACGCAGGCCGCUAGCACAACCGCGUUCGUAGACACGCUUAAUGUAGUUGCGAUAUCGACAGAAAUGUCCCCAAACGAAGACAUUGCCAAAAACGAAGAUCGUUGUGACGAAGGAACGAAAGGGGAGGAGGAGCGAUCGGGAGUAUACCGAGCUGAACCGCGAAUCUGGACGGAUGAGAGCGAUACCGCGACGUGUAGAAGUGAACGCGAUACGAUAACGGAGGUCGAAGAAGAGCGAUUAGUUCAGAAGGAUAUAACCGCGCAGUCGGAAAGAAACGAGGACAUCACGACGAUUCGCGAGGAUUAUUGCGACGAGGCGGCGAAUCAGAGCAACGUUACGGUAGAUCUCGAGAGCAUAGUAAUGCCCGACAAGGAUACCGAGGCGAUCGAGGAUCAUCGCAUCGUGUAUACUAGUACAAAAGAACUACAGGUACCUGCGUAUCCGGAUGAGGAUACAGCUUCGAUGAGGAUUAGCGUAGUCGAGGAUAAAGCCUUGAUUAAAUCGUCCUCGGAUGACCCUUCGGAAUUGCGCGUGAAUCGGACGACUUCGGAAGGAUUGUCUACCUGCGUUUUGGAGUCUUCCGUAAGUACUACCUCGGAUACGUCCUCGACUCGCAUGGCAGAGCCACAUUCGCGGGAACAGGCGAACACAUCGGUACAGAGGCACAAGUCCAGCCUGGAGAAGCUCCUGUCCCUGUUCCAGCAUCCUGGCCAGUUCUUCUCGGACUCGUCGAGCGUUGCCGCGGAUACGAGAAGCUCUUUACAGGAGAACGUAAGUGGCAUGAUGGCACUGGGCGACAGGCUGCAGCAGUACUUGAAGGAGAGCCGAACCAAGAUUAACACCGACAGUUCAUGGUCUUCGGAACACGGAUCUUUGUCGAGAAACAGAUCGGUGACAGUAAACGUAUCGCAGUUACAGAGCCUGACCAAUAUAUUUGCAUCUUUCAAGCUCGAGCCUCAUACGAAUCUCGCUGAGCAUAGCACUAAGUUCUCCGGUCAGGCAAUAAAUCAGGAUACGAAUGUUAAAGAGAAAGAUUCAGAAAGAUCGACAGAAACCGAGGUUGCAAGAAACGAUGACAAGAAUCUGAUCGGGCAGGAGAACGACAGGAGUAAUUCAUUGGAUCAGCAGCGAAAUGGGAUUACGAGGGAUGAUGAGAAGAAUUUAAUUGUUAAAGAGAAGAAUCAGAUUGUCAAGAAUGACGGGGACGAUUUAUUCGUUCGAGAAAAUAAUCAGGUAGGAAGAAAUGACGAGCAGAAGUUAUUUGUCCAAGUUAUCAAGGGUGAUGAGAAGAAUGUGAUCGGCCAGGAAGAGAGUCAGGCUAUGCAUGACGAGAAUAAUUUAUUUGAUCAGGUAAAAAAUCAGAUUGUGAGAAUCGACGAGAAGGAUUUAGAAGAUCAAGAAAAGGAGCAAGUUGCCAGGAGCACCGAUGAGAGCUUUGAAGAUCAAAAGAAGACUCGAGUUAUCGAAAACAGCCAAAAUGAACGAGAUCAGGAAAGAGAUAAGGUUGCGAGUGACAACGAGUUUAAUAAUCGGCAGAUGUUCGCGAGAGACAGCGGGAACUUAAAAGAUCAGGACAACGGGAUUGCCCGAAACGACGAGGGAGAUUCUAUGCGAAAUGUACACGUUAAUGAAGAAAGUGUUAAGGAGGACGGUGCGUGUUACGCAGACAAGUUACAAUGGACAGAAUCUGACUUUAGUGAUCGACUGUUACCUGAAAGUGUGCAAUCAAAGGACGAUUUUGUUGAUAAUUUAGUAUUAGAUGGCGGCUAUGUUGAGCCGGACGUGGCGGCUUCGUCGUCGCUGGCGAGCAAGUCCACCGUGUGUAUAGCUGUAAAGUUAACGGACGUAGCCGGGUGUUCUGCUUUAGAAUUAAGUAAGACCGACAGUACAGGGUGUAACGACGAUUUUGUUAGUGACGACGUGGAUCGAGGAGAGCGUGACGAUGCGCAGGAUUCGGAACAUGCGGAGCGUAAUGACGUUGAACGUUUAAGACGCGACAAUCUAGGGGAUUUGGAAUGCGACGGGCCGAAGGUUUUAGAGGAUAACGACGGGGAGUGUUUAGAGCGUAACGACGCGGUUGGAGGAGUGAAUACCUUAGCGGCGAGGACAUGUGAUACAACCACGGACAGUAUUAAUCAGACUAGUGAUAGUAGUUUUCCGAUUUGUAACAUAGGGCAUGAUAGGAAAAUCGUAGAUAGCGUAAAUACUACGAGAGCGCCGACGAGCACGGGCGAUGACGUCGGCGCGAUUAAAUGUACGCCAGGCAACUGCGGGACAUCGUCGACGUCGUUGAACGACGUCUGGGUGUCGUCGAUGUCGGUGGACGAUGUCGGGACGCCGUUGAGGUCGUUGAAGGACGUCGACUCGAACGGCCACUUAAACGAGAAAGUUACCAGUAGCACGUGCUGCAUUGUCAACCAAGAUCGUCAAUGCGAGUCCACGAAGAGGGAGGAGGAGGAGGAGGAUGAGGAAAAGGAGGACGUGGCGGAAGUCCUCGAUGAUGAUACUUGCCGCGAUUCCGCCGACCGUAAAAGUACAAGUGUAAAUAUUAAGGUAGAACCGCGCGAAUCGGUGACGAUGAGUUCGGGAAGCCAAGAGGCGUUCAAGGAGCAUCACGAGGGACAGUCUUUCAUGCCAAAUAACGUCGACGUACAUCGAACUAUCCUUAAAGACGCGGCCGAGCCCGAGGACCAGCCGGAGGACGCCGUCGACGACGACAGACGGAUCGACCCGACCAUCCUCGUCACGCCGUACGAGACGUCCGCGAAUCUCGACAAGUCCGACGCGGAGGAGCUCAUUUUCUGCAUGACGGAUAUCUCUACGGACGGCACCUCGGUGGAGGACGAGCUGUCGCCGAGCGUGCCGUCCAGGAGCUCGCCGAACGACGCCGCCAAGGUGGCGGAGUCGUACUUCGAGCUAUCCGCCUCGAGGGCGACGUCGACGAACACGCUGCUGAUCGAGAAUCCCGAGGGCGCGCACAGGAACAGCCAGGAUUCCGGUACCGAGGAGACCGUCCUGACGCUCGACGACACUGUCGUCGGCACGACGGACGCGCAUCCGCCGCCGCCGCCGCGCAGCAGCCUCCAGGAGAGCGUGGACUCCGGGAUCGAGUCGGAAUGCUCGUCGAUAUGCAUCAGGGUGGAGUCCACCGCCGAGCGGACGCUGGACGUCGUCGUGGUCCCGAAGAGGCCUUCGCGCGACGACAACGGUGUGGGCGACGACAACGACGAGUACGGGGAGUUUGCGUCGGACUUUCUUGCCAGGGAGACGCGACUGGUAGAUAACGACGGCAUGAACGACGGCGUCGCGCACUCGUAUCUCAACAGCAUCAAGUGCACGGUCGUCAGUACGACGACGCGGACCGUCGCCGACGAAGGCGUCGCGCAUCCUGCCGCAGCCAUACACGGCACCAGCCCGAAAUAAUGCAGCGGAGGAAAAAGAAGAGAAGGCGAAGGAUAGCGAAGGGAACAAGUCGAACGCGAUCGAGUAUGACGUCGACGAUGAUGA